AUUUGGCGCUUGUUUGUUAUUUCUUGGGAAAUUAGCUUGUAUGUAUGUGAAAUACUGAAAGUAGUUACAUUACAUACUGAUGCAUCUUAAAAAAAAUGGCUGGUGUUCAGGAGCUAAAGAGUCCUAUCGGUUUCGAAGAAGAUCGACAUCAGAUGCGUUUGAGAAGGGAAGCGAGGCUGGACCAAAAAAACCUACUUCUCCUUACGACGUGUGAGAUAUGAGCAAGUUUGUUUCUUUCUUGCUAUCGGCUGAUGAAAAAUGUUACCCUGUUGAAUUUUCUCCGUGUAUUUUAGCUUAUAAGCCCUGUAUUCCACUGUGUGUGUUGCGUGUGUGUGGUUGCUUAUAUAUGUCUAGUUGUGUGGAUGUUAAACCUUGUCAUGGUAUCUAAGAGGGGGCGUAAGCUGUAAAAUAUGUAGAGUUGGUAAUGUAGUUUGCUCUCUGCUCUGUACAUAGAAGUUGUAAUGUUGCUGUAAUAAAGAUUUGUCCAUCGGUUCUUUCUCUUCUUUCUCCCCACGUUUUGUUUUCGUCGAACAUAGAAUUGUGAUAGAUUUGAUCAGUGUGGUAUUGUUUGUUAAAGGUAGAGCAGAAAUGUAAGUUGGUAGGUGGAUGGAUGUAAAAUGUAAGUUGGUGGGGCGCAAUUCAUGCGGUGAAUCUCUCGCCGUUUGCUGAUAAGUCAACAAUUUAUUUAUGACCUAUCAUUUGGAAUAAUGAUCUUAUAUAUAGAAUUGCAAGAGCUAAUUUCUAGAUGUGCAUUUUCUGUCAUCCAAGAUUCCAAUCUAUUCUUUGAGGUGUUGAAAUUGGGUAAUCAAUCGAUGGAUUUUGACUCAUUUGCUGCUUUGUUGAAAUUUGCAUUGUUUCAUGGAAUUUAGUGUUUUUUGGGUCAUUAUUGCUUUUUAAUUUUUAGGUUUUUCUAGAAAUAUAAACUAAGGUACUCUUU